AUGUUACAAGAAAAUUGCGAGAACAAAAUACCUGGAGAGACAUGUCGAGUGGAAUGCAUUAACGGCUUGCAGAUAAAUGGAACAAAUUACAUAACCUGUCAAAACAAUACUAAGUGGUCGACUGCACCCGUUUGCUUUGAAAUGAAGUGUCCCGAACCAAGACUUUCACCGAGAGUCUAUAAACUUGAACCUAGCUGUUCUUCCAAAUCCAUCGGGGACUCAUGCAAUGUGAGUUGUGCGAGAGGUGGCAAAAUACUCGGAUCUCCCACGAUUAUGUGUUUGAAUGAUACCACAUGGAGCCGAUUUCCUACGUGUGCCUGUCCGAAACCACUUUUAGAUUCAGGUCUGGAGAACACGAAUAACUGCAAUUCCUUACGACCGGGUCGCAGGUGCAGACUAAAGUGUAAAGGAAAUAUGACACUGAUUGGGAAUACUUCUAUUAUUUGUCGCGGUAAUACCUCUUGGAGCUCUCAACCAAAAUGUAAGAGCAAUUUGAUCAAAUGUCCGAAGCCUUUGGAGAGAUACUUGAGCAUCGUCGAACUGCUUGAAGAUUGCUCCUCAAAAGGUGUCGGCGAGACGUGUCGCUUCAAGUGCAAGCAGGGAGGAAGUGUCUUGGGAUCUGAUACUCUACAGUGCUUUCCAAAUGGUUCUUGGACUGCGUUCACGGGAUGUACAUGUCGAGACAUUCCUUUUACAAGAGGAUUACUACCUGAUGUGGAGAAAAAUAGAAGAAAUCCCCAGUGCAGAGCAAUGAAAGAGAACGACAGAUGUUAUGUCAAAUGCGAGACAGGUUUAACGUUAUACGGAUUGAAUAUUUUUAUUUGUCUACCCGAUACAACCCUUUCUCCACCCACUUCUCAUAGACGAUAUCCGACUUGUCACGGUAGGGGUUGCUGGGCGCCUAGUAUGGAAUAUCUCCCACCAGGAGGUGCUAUUAAAUAUGAGAUAUAUGAAACAGUAGCAAACUGCUCAGUAGUGAAAACCUACGAUACCUGUCCUGUCAAAUGUAAAUACGGAGGUAAAAUGUCGGACGAUGGGUCAUACAUACGAAACAUUACAUGUUUUCCGAAUGGGACAUAUACAGCCCUUCCUGUUUGUACAUGCAAACCUUUGAUUUUGCUUGAGGGUAUGCGGUUAAAUAAAUCGGCAAAUCUUGAUUGUGAUAGCAAGAAACCUAGAGAAAAUUGCUUCGUGGAAUGCAUAGAAGGUUACACAGCAGCAUUCACUGACAAGUUUGAAUGUAUGGACACGACUAAAUGGCGUGGAUCGGGAUCCUGCCGUUACACCGGAAGCGAAAUACAUAUUUGCAAAAAGCUAGAUCUCGGCAGCGAACAUGUUAUCGAAGGACCCUGCGUGCCGAAACUGGUUGGAGAAUCAUGUACUCUGAAAUGCAUAUCUGGUGGCCCAUAUGUAGAUGGAGCCAUAUAUCACAGCGUAAUGUGCAUGGGCAUAAGAUUUUGGCGAGAGGCUCCGCACUGUACCUGCCCUUUACCUGUUUUAUCUGAUGGAUUGGAAUUGGAUGUGGAACGCAAUACAGAUUGCUUGGGACGCAAACCGUUGGAAUUGUGUUAUGUGCGUUGUCGACCGGGUUUCAAAUUAAGAAGACCUGAGAAAAAUUUCAUCGAGUGCAUGCAUGAGGCCGAAUGGAGUACUGAUCCAUACGGAAUUUCGAGGGCUCAGUGUGAUUACGUGGGAUCUUCAAUAGGCUAUUGCGCACAGCCGACGCUUUCUGGAGCUCAAGAAUUAGCGAGUGAAUGUCUCUUGGGAUUCAAGGAUGAUUCAUGUGCAGUGAAAUGCAAAGCAGGCGCAACAUUUCAGGGCAAUAUAGUUUUUGGAUACACUAUAUGCUUGGGCAGAAACAUGUGGAGUAAAUUGCCUGCGUGUCACUGUCCUCCGGCAGAAAGUGUUGGUCUCUUCAAAGGCGGUUUAGAGCUUGAUAUUACGAAAAAUAAACACUGCAACGAUGUGGUUCCGAAUAAGUACUGUUAUGUAAAGUGCAAGAGGGAUUUCGCUUUGAGAGCUGGAGGAAGGGAGUAUAUAGCUUGUGAAACCAAACGAAAUAGAAAUGUCUGGAACACUCCUCCCAUGUGCGAAUACAGAGGUGCCUUAGCCUCAUACUGCUUGCAACCUGUUUUGCCUCAAGCAUUGGAUUUCGACUCGGACUGUGCGCUGAUGAAGCCCGAAGAGUCAUGCCGUUUGAAAUGCAAAGGAGGUGGAAGGUUUCUUUCCGGAAAACAUUACAUUUCUAUUAAAUGCAAAGGUAAUAAUACGUGGGAAGAGUUGAUUGAUUUUAAAGACUGUGCCUGUCCGUCACCUCUCUUGACAGGUAGCGUAACUCUUAGAAAAGAUAUGAACAGCCAUUGUGACGGAGUAAGCCCUGGAGGGAAAUGUUGGUUGUCAUGCCUGCCUGGUGUUACUUUAAGAGGCCAUAAUUACACCGCGUGUACUUUUGAUGACACUGUAGAGAAAGAUUAUGCUCUCUUCAAGUGGUCGCCUCUUCCUUACUGUGAUUACACUGGCCCGUUAGAGCAAUACUGCGCAAACCCUACUAUACCUACUGUGCUGGAAUUUGAGGGAGAAUGCAGUUUGAAAGGCGUGUCAGAGGCUUGUACUUUAAAAUGUAGACGUGGUGGAAGGUUUUUGAAAGAUGGCAAGCAGUUCAACUACAUUCAUUGUAUCAAGCAUGGCAAAUGGAACGAUCUCGUUGAUUUUAUUGGAUGCUCGUGCCCGCCACCAAAGUUAAACAAUCUACUAGCUAUUGACACUGACAUAAAUGCAGACUGCGACUUUGUCGCACCAGGGCAGUAUUGCUACUUGAAAUGUCCAGGAGAUCAUCAUGUGCGAGGCUAUAACUACAUCAAAUGUCUCUCGGAUAACACUUGGAGCUAUCAGCCCUCCUGCGCGAAGGGAGUGAAGACGUGUGUGAAUCCACCAGCUCUUCUACUCGGCCAAGCACUUCUGCCGGAGAGUGCCUGUUCCAACAAGAGACAGUACGAGACGUGCACGAUCGCCUGCUAUUCGAUCGCUGGAUGGUCCUACGUCACGCUCACCUGUUUCGGAGACGACGCGUGGUCUAAACCACCGAAAUGUCAGUGCCAGCCCCCCUCGCUCUCUUCUGCGGCGGUCGAUGAAACGCGGAAUCCAAAUGUUGACUGCAGGGAAAUGGCUCCUGGGAAUGAAUGCUGGCUGAAGUGUCCUCCAGGUCAGGCGUUCGAAGCCAACGACUACAUCGCUUGCCGAGCAGAUGAAGACGUCGGGUGGGAUCCAGAAUCUAGAUGCGUGCCCCUUUGCCCGCCCUUUCCUUUUCACCUCACGCAGGGCCUGGCACUGAACGAGCCUAACUGCGACCGCGUGCUCGAAGGACGAUCCUGUCGCCUGAGAUGUGAGCCGGGAUACGUGCUGGAUGGGAGAGCGUGGGCACUUUGCAGGAACGGAGAGUGGGUUGGAAUACCUUCUUGCGCUUGGGGAGGAUAA